CUUUUUUACAUCUUCUAAGAAUUAUCCAAGAAGAACUUUGGAAAGGUCUGAAGUCACACCAUUUAUCCAUGCUCGUAUCAGUUAGCACAGGACGUCCUAAUACAGACGGAAAUGACGAACAGGAAGAGAGUGAUGUGUGGCUUCGUCUACUCUCGUCUAGAUGGUUAUUUACUCUUGUUAACUACAACACGAUAUUGAGACGUUCGUUUACUCAAAGAAAUUAAAUCAACCAAUGACUAGAAUCCCAGAACUAUUUAUGGACAGUGAAUUAAAAAGCCGUUAGACAUUUCUAAUAGACUUAACUGAAAUGCUGCUAUCCGGAUUUGUUAUUGUAAAGAUCUAAGAUCAAACGUUUUGUAAACAGGUGACGUCAUAAUGAUGAACCAUUUACAAUAGAUAUUCGUACUCCGACCUUCUGUUUCCAGUGCUAAAGUAGACUAGUGUGGAAAAGGUUAAAGACCCACAUUGAACUAUAAUAGCGACAUCCUCAGAAAAACAAGCACGAUCCACGAAGAAGAUGAGGCCAACAGGUGACUGGGGAAAGAGAUUUUUAAACUUCCAACUUCAGCGUAACUAAGAAGGAGUUUUAGCGCGUGUGCCGACCGUAAUGCGUCUCCUCAAGAAGCGGUCCCCCUCCCCACCCCAACUCAUACGAUUGGCCGCUCUCCCUGGGGAGGACCCUACACACGGAUCGUUGAGCACGCUAAGUACGAAGUUUUGCUUCUCUCUCCCCAACAUUCCUAGUCUAGCGAAACUACAAGACAGACGGGAGGUCAUGCCAGGGGCAGCAGGGCUUGGAACGUCGACCAGGCCAAUGAGAGGUUUUCCAUUUCCUCGUGCCGGCAGGAAACAGUCCACUCCACUCAAGUAUGCUGUGUCAGUGGAGACCACGCACCCAUCUCUGGAUUCCAGUUCUUCACAGUGGACACGGCCAAACUUUGACCAUCGCCAGAAAGUAUUCACUACAAGUUUAAGCAAUGUGUGUGGUUCAGAACGAAGGGUGGGGCUUGAUACUGCUCUAGUGAGUACAGAGGACAGAGACAAAAAAGGUGCGAUGUACCGUAGCGUCUCGACAUCAGCCUUACUCGUCAAUGACCCCCAAUUAGAGGACGAGUACCUGGGGGGUGGAAGCUCGUAUUUACCAACAAAAACUGUCAGCUACGAGGACUUAGUAGACAAUCUCUGCCCGUUAGAUGGCGCAGCUAACCAGCUGAUUAAAGCAAAAUCACAAUUGGGAACAGUGUUUGAAGAGGAGGUUUAUCUGGGCAAGCUGCCACAAGAACUUGAAAAUAGUCAACCGAUAAAUCAGCUAUUUAUAACUGAGGAUACUGCUAGCUUGGCAAGCUCAAUACAACAUCGAUCUGACGAGUCUGGCUACGAAAGUGACGGUACAAAGAAUGGUAAUGACGAAUCAUCAACUCCUGAGGAAAAACGACAUUCCUUUGCCAUGGAAACAGGUCUGCCCCUGGUAAUAACUAAAAGUUCAAUGAGUACUUCGUUAAGUCUAAGAACCAGUGUAAAGCGUACUGAAUCUAAAGAAAACUACACCCCUUCACCUAGUAAGAUCUCUGGUGGUAAUCUACAGAGAUUUAGCGCUAUAUUCCAAAAAUUCAAAACUCAGAACUCUGGUUCCUCGAGCGUUCCAAGAACCGCGUCCAGCGCGUGCCAGAACAGGGUUCGUAGUUCAAGUGACAGUCGAGAUUCUUCCAAAGCUUGUGGAGAUGCUACAAGCUUAAGAUUACGGGCACCGGGUAUUUUGUCUCAGUUGGCGAUAAAGACUAAAGAACGCGGUAGUUGGACAAAAUGUGAUCCAAAAAAAGAGAUGUCGCGUCUUGGACAGUUUAAAGCGUGGACCUUGGAUCGUAGGUUGGUUAGAAACAAGUGGAGAAGAACGCAUCAUUCCGACUCGGAGGACUAUCAUAAGGUUGACGGUGUUUCUUCCAAACGGACUAGUUUGUUCGAAUCUUCUUUAUAUUUAGACACAGUUCAAGAAUCCAGUGACAUAACGAGUUCUUUAAAACCCGAACAAGAGGUUGACGACAAUGGCGAUAGAAGCAAGUUACAUUUGUGUGGGGACCUAAACUAUCAGUUAAGGCUAAAGAAAGCUGGUCAUAAAAUAACUUCCACAUCAAAUGAUACUGGUCAACAAUUGCUACAGUCUCAGCUGUGCCUUAAACCAAAUCCUGGGGAUCUGGCAGUGUCCAAAGGUGAUGUGUUCGACUGGGACAAUGGAUCUAAUAUAGACCAUUUUAGUUUAGAAUUAUCAGAAUCCGAUUGCAAGUUGUACAGUAACACAGAACUUUUAGAAUCCAAGAAUUGUGCUAAUACCGAACUAGUUUGUACCACAGAAACUUUAGGCCAAGAAAACACUACAAAAGAAAAAGUGUUUAGUGUUAAUUUAGACAAAGACGAGCAAGGAGAACUUGGGAUUUACAUUAACCGACAGGAAGAAGGGAGAAGUGUUGUAGGAUAUGUGGUAGUAGCGCUUGAAGAAGGUGGACCAGCGUGCAGGAAUGGUGAGUUACAAGAAGGAGAUGAAUUAUUGACGAUUAACGGGAAGCAGCUUCAGGGGUUGGAGUUAGAGGAAGCCCAGAAUCUCCUUCGAACACUUAAUACCACAGUUAAACUAUUGGUAGCGAGAAAGAUAUACAAAGAGCCACACGAAGAGGUUAACCUUUCAGAGACAAAACCCAUCGUUACUUCUAAACAGUCAAGUCACGAACUGGAUGAGAAAUUCAGCUGGAAAUUGGAAAGUUCUUCCAGUUCCGAGUGCCAACUGACCAACAGAGGUUCCUAUCCGUCAUCACAGAACACAGGAGAAUAUAGAGGUCCUUCCAAUAACUUUUGCACUCUACCAAGAAGACCAAAGUCUUCCCAGCUAUCCAUUUACAGCAUAGCUUUUGAAAAGGGUCCUGGCUGUAAAAGUCUUGGUUUUAGUAUAGUUGGAGGGAAGGACUCGCCCAAGGGAGAGAUGGGUAUAUUUGUGAAAACCAUCUUCUCUAGAGGACAGGCAGCAGAAAGUGGAAACUAAAGGAAGGAGACGAGAUCCUCAUGAUCAAUGGUCAACCAUUACAAGGCAUGGCACAUUCUGAAGCUAUUGCUACUUUUAAAUACAUAAAACAAGGCAUAGUAAUACUCCUUGUAGGUAGAAGGACUUCUAUUGGAAAACAAAGCAGCCACCACGUAUCAAAGUCAUGCAGCAACCUGGACAGCUUAUGAAGCUUGGACUUGAGUUGAAUACCAAGAACAAACAGUUUGUGAUAUUGUUUAUGUUUCUGACAGACUACCUGGUUGGUGGUUUGUAGAAAAUAAACUUGUGAGUGUUUGACAGUUAUGUACAGAGCUCAGGAGAUGAAGGUUUCUAUCCAUUCGUUGUGAUCCAUAGGUCAUGUUGGUUCUACAGUUUGGGUAUUUCGUAAAAGUAAAUAUUUGAUAUCUUUAUUACUCUUAGUUAACUAAACUGUACACUAGUUAAAAACAAAGUGACACAGCUCGAAGAGCAUGACAAGCAUUCUUGAAAUAGGUUUGAUUAUUGUUUUAUUCUGAAUAAUUCAUUUUUAAGGGCCUGCUCGUACACAAUUCGGGCUCUUAUUUUGUAGUUAUGUUUAUCACAUGUGCACCACUUGUGCUGUUUGAUACUUGAAGUGGAACUCCUUGUGUUAUUUGCUGUAAUGCUCUAUUGAUAGUUCUAAAAUAAGUUGCACAAGACACACCAUUUAAAAAUUAUUAACUCAUACAGAUUCAACUUAAUAGUAAUUUACCAGUGAACUAUGGGUGAAUGUGGCGAACAACAGCCAGAAUCAGGAAAACUUCAAAAAUAAAACAAUUAUCAAACCCGAGGUAGGACCAUUUGGUUAUUACCAUGUUCUUUUAACUCUGAAUACCAAUACAGAUUCAACUUAAUAGGAAUUUACCAGUGAACUAUGGGUGAAUGUGGCGAACAACAGCCAGAAUCAGGAAAACUUCAAAA